GCUGCUGCUUCUGCUGCUGCUUCUGCUGCUGCUUCUGCUGCUGCUUCCAUCGUCCCCGGAGUCGUCCCUGGCGAGCCACUCGGUAGACGCCUUUGCUUCUGCAUCAGCUCUUGGCCCCCGUCGCCCCGCCCAUUCGUUCUCCCCCCCCCACAAGCUCCCGCAUCGCACCGCCGACCUGAUCCGGCAUGUCGUCCUGGUUUGAUUCGUCGGCGCUGUCGGGUCGCUUGAGCCAAAUCGCAUCCAAGGCCCAGUCCCUGGCCCAAGAUGUCAUUGCCCAGACCCCGGAUCGGCUUACUCCUUCGCUCGAUAAGCGAGAUGUGGCCUACUCCAAGAAGCACGAAGACUCGUACAGGAUCCCUUCCUCCAACGACGGCUUCGUCUCGAAUUUUGAAGGGUCGGAGGAUCAGCACCUCCUGGAGCUCGAGGAGACAAACCAUCGCUUGAACAUGGAGAUUCGCCAGCUCCAUUCAAACUAUCAGAAGCAGCUUGCCGACAAAGCCCAGCAACUCCAGCUCCUCGAAGAGAGGUUGAGUCAGUCCCAGACCGCCAGUCCGCUCCUCAGCCACAUCCGUGCCCCGGGCGAAGAAUCCGACCGCACCGCAGAGCUGCAGGCCAAGCUCCAAAAGGCCGUCAGCUACAUCAAGCGGCUCAACGAAGAAAACUCUUCGCUCAAGACCCUGCAGCGCGCGCUCGAGACUGAGAAAGAAGCCCUGGUCAAAGAAACCCAGGAGCUUCGGAACAGUCAGCCCGUCUCGGAUCUGCAUCCCGGCCAGGCCGACCUCCAGAUCAAACAGCUUGAGAAAGACUGUUUACAUUUCCGCGAGACGGCCCAGCGACUCGAGGCUGCCCUGACCGAAAAGAUCGAGACGGAGCUACAGCUGGAAGAGAGCGUGCGGAUACUCAAGCUACAGCUCGGUGAUGCCCAGCAGAUUGCUGAGCGACUCCAAACCCUUGAGCGGGAAAGCGAGACCGUCAGGACGGAGGCCGAGACCAAGGUCAAAGCAUCGGAACGCCGUGUCUCGGAGCUGGAGAGCGACCUCAAGAGCUGGCGCGAGAAGCACGACGCCCUUUCGUCAUCCCUGAUCGACCUCGAAUCCAACCUGCCCCAGAACCGCGCUGCCGACCUGGAGAGCGAUCUCAAAGAGCUCAACGCCGAGUGCGAUCGGCUGCGGAAGGAAAAGCAGGCCCUGCGCGAUGAUCAUGAGGCCCUGAACGAAACCUUCCGUGCCCUUGACCAGUCAUCUACCGGUCUCCGUGAACAGCUCGACCAGCUCCAGCAGCAGCAUGCUCAUCUGGAGCAGCAACAGCAACAAGAGGCCCAGAAGUCCGAUGAACUUGCCCAGAAAUCUGAAGCACUCGCCCAGAGAAUCGCCGAGCUGGAACAGGAGAAUGGCGACUUGGGUGCGGAGUUGCGGGACUACAAGGACCGUGAAAUCCAUUUCCUUCACCAGAUCGACUCUCUCAAGACCGGCCACGCCCUGUCGAGCAACGAAAUGCUGCACAUGGAAGAAGGCGAUGGCCCGUCUCCUCCAUCCUCCGAAGACGUUGCACAACUCCAGGCCACGAUCGAAUCCCUCACGCUCCAGACGACCGCAGACAAGGAGCAGGCAAGCCGACAGAUUGCUCAGCUCGAAACCCAGAUCGCCAAGCUUGAGGAGCAGCUGUCUUUGACCCAGAAGGAGAACGAGCUGCUCUUCCAGCAGGAAGCCGAGGUUCAUGCGCUGCUGGCAUCCAAGGACCAGCUCCUCGAGCAGCAUCAGCAACACGAUCUGGAUCGAGAGAAUCACCACAGGGAUCUCGAGCAGAUCCAGUCCGGCCAAGUUCAAUCGCUGCAAUCGCAGCUCGACGCCGUUACUGGAGAACUCGAGGCCCUUCGCUCGACUCUUUCGACCCGGGAGGCUGCCGUUGCCGAAAUCGAGCGCCACUUGCGCACCGAAAAGGAGGCUCUAGCCCAGCACCUCCGCGACCAGGCUGACCAGCAUCAAGCCCAGCUGAACGCCCUCGAAUCCGAAUAUGACAAUGCCAAGCGUGCCCAGCUGGAAGCCAUCGAUACACUCAGAACCCAGCUUGCAGAACAAGGCGCCGCCUCGGCAAGCAUCAAGUCCGCUCUUGAGACCGAGCUCCAAACCCUCGCGGCAAGCCAUCUCGACCGCGUGAGCCAGAUCGAAGCCGAGCUUGGGCGGUACCGAGAAUCGACCGUGUCGUUGGAGCAAGCACAGCAGUCUGGGACCGAAUCGCAGCUUCAGACAAUCCAGCAGAUCGAAGCCAUCCUCUCGAGCGUCCUCACCGGAGCCCAGCUCGAUGCGAUCCUCCAGGAUACCUCGCUGAGCGCAUGGACAUUGGCUGCGGCGGACACAACGAGCGCCCAUGCCGGCUUGGUCGAGACUCUUUCUCGCACCGAGAACCAGCUUCGCAAACUCGACGAGACCAUCCAGCAGCUCCGAGGCGAAUGCGCGCAAAGCAAGGAACGGGCGGAUGCGCUUCAGCACGAGCUCGAGACUGCCUUGGCGGAUCAACAGUACAAAGUUGCGGCCGCGCGUGAGAGCUACCAAGAAAGCGUGCGCCAACUUGAGGCAGAUAAACAGCAGCUCAAGGACAGGCAACAGCAGCUCGAAGAUGAGAAGCAGCAGCUCGAGGGCGAGAAGCAACUUAUUGCGAGCGAGAAGCGGCAGCUUGAGGGCGAGAAACAGCAGCUCAAGGACGAGAAUCAAAGGCUGGCCAACGACCACACCGUUCUGGUGGAAAAAGUCCGCAACGUGCUGGCGCCCAAGCUGCAGAGCGAAAUGGAAGCGGCCCAGGUCCUGCGACUCCAGAUCGCCAACAUCACGGCCGAGCGAGACGACGCUUUCUCAAAGCUCCAGCGCAUCCAGACUGAGCAGAGCGAGCUUCUCAACAGUAGUAGCCACCACGACGUCGUGGUAGCCAGCCUCCGCCAGGAGCUUGAAAGCUCGCACGAGCAUCUGGACAAAACCUCGCGCGAACUCGAUCGCCUGCGCCAGCACCUCGUCGAGUCCGAGGAGUUUGUCCUCCAAGAGGCUGUCAAGAGCGAGAGCGUCAUAAACGAGUACCAGACCCGGAUCCGCGAUCUCGAAGAGAGCCUGAAGCAGUGGCAGGAGACCGCCGAGCUCGAAGCGUCGCGCGUCAAAGAACUCGAGGCCAGUCUCGCCGAGCUCAAGGACCUGCUGCGGACCAAGAGCAGCGACCUGGAGCUUCUGGCCCGCGAGAACGCGCAGUAUCAGCUGGCGGUGCGCAACCUGCAAGGUGUCCUGGAGGAGUUCCAGUCGACCCGCGACGCCGAGGUCAAGUUUGCACUGGAGGGCAUGCAGCACCAGCUGGAUACGGCAAGGCGCUCGCUCGAAGAGUUCCAGUCGCGGGCGCUGUCGGCCGAGUCCAGGCUGGCCAAGGUGGACGUGGACUCUCCGUCGCUUGCUAAGCUGCAGAGCGAGCUCAACGAGAAGAAUCUUGCCCUCGGAAAGCUGCGGCAUGACGUCAUCCAACUUCAGGCGCAUCUGGCCGAGGCCCUCCGGCGGCUCAAGGACCUCACCGCAAACGAAGACAACGUCGACCGCAAGCUGAUCACCAAUCUGUUCAUCAGCUUCGUCCUGACGAACCGCGGCGACAAGAACCGGUACGAGAUUCUGCAGCUCAUUGCUGCGAUUCUCAAGUUCAGCGAGGACGAAAAGUGCAAGGUCGGGCUGAUCCGCAGGCCCGGCUGGACACUGACGACACCGACGCAAAGCUCGUCUGCAGAUACAUCCUUCACGGACAUGUGGGUGUCCUUCCUCCUCAAAGAAUCCAGCGGCGACAAUCUGGUGGCCGAGAUGGGAGCCGUCUCCCCCACCAAGCCGGAGGCUCCCCCGAUGCCGAUGCCGUCGCCUUCUCUCUCGCAUCAGACCGUGAUGCUCGAGUCUGGGCCCGGAGGACCCACCCGCAAGCCCUCGGGCGUGUUCCGGGCCUCGUUCGACUUUCUUCGGGGGGCCAUCGGAGGAGCAACCACGCCUGUCCCAGCAUCGCCCGUACCCCGGCCGCUCGGCCUCGACAUUCGCGAAGAAACCCCGACCAACGGCGCUCGCGAGUUUUGAUGAUCAGUGGGAGCGAAGGCACCUCUUGGGCUCGGACUGCAUUCAGCGCCAGCGUGCGGCAGCCCCCAUCAAGCAACAAACCGAGGCUGGUUCGGCUUGGCUCGACUAGUCCUGUCGGUUAAUCUGGAUUCCGAGCGCCGUCGCUGCGACUGAUUCGGUGUCUGUCGCCGCUGGCUAUCCCCGCUGUCCAUUCGUAGUACCCUCUGCCCCCACCCUGUUCCUGCGCCAGUGUUGCUCUGGGCAGCAACAGCUGUCUCAUUUGUUCAAUAGAAUUCUAUCCACCCUUGA